GGGGUCUAUUUAAAAUCUGGUGAGUGUCAGAGAAAUGUUUAUGGUUAUUUUCUGUUUUUGAUUCUUUAUCCAACACAUUGAUUUUAAUAACCUUCUACUUAAUAAUCACCAUUACAAACUUCUUAAAUUAGUCUGCUUAAGUGGCCAUUGUUUGUACCUACUUAAAGUGUUACUCGUACAUGUUUGGAUUGCCGUCUGUUUCCUUAUGUUUACCUUUUUUCCAGGUGGAUUUCUGAUUGGAAGAACUGUGGCUGCUUUGAUAACUAUGACGAUUGGGACCUCGAUGGCUGCUCGUCAAGGUCCUCUAGCUAUGGCUGCUCAUCAAAUCUGUAUGCAAGUGUGGUUGGCUGUCUCUCUUUUAACUGAUGGAUUGGCCGCAUCUGGUCAGGUCUACACUCCGAGGAAUGCGCCUAUACUAGUGAGGAAAUUGAUGUGGUUCGUGAGCAACGGGCUAAGUGUUUUACCCGCAAGUAUUUACUAUUGGCUUGAGCGCGCUUGAUCGAGGUGGUUUAGUUGUUAUAGAACAAUCGUUUCCAUUAAAAUGUAUGCGUACAUUGAAAUUGGAACGUAUAUUUGAAUGUAGUACGUGCACUUUGGUUUUGGGAUAUAUAUAUAUGUAUA